AUGUCCACCCACCUCGCCGCCAUAUCCCCCGCCAAAGGCCAGCCCUUUGAGCUCCAAACCCGUCCUACCCCAAAGCCUGGACCCGACGAGCUCCUCAUCGCCGUCAAGUCCGUGGCCCUGAACCCGGCAGACGCCAUCAUGCGUGACCAAGGCCUCUUCAUACCCACCUACCCCGCGGUCCUUGGCUUCGACAUGUCCGGAUUAGUGCUCGAGGUCGGCAGCAACGUUCCUACCAGUACAUCUGAAGAGGGUCAGACCCUGUCCUUCCGACCGGAGACCCGCGUCGCCGCCUACGCCGCCUUGGUCUGGAAGUCCUGCGAUCCAGACUACGGGCCCUUCCAAGAACGAUGCCUCGUCCCUUGGCAGCAUGCAGUGCCCCUUCCGGACGAAAACAUGUCUUGGAACCUUGCAGCGACCUUGCCCGUUGCCGUCGAGGUGCCCCUGAACGCGUGGGAUAUGAUGGGGAUCCCUCGGAUGGGCGAAGUCAGUGCUUCUGCGCCACCCAAUGCUGGCUCUCCCGGUAUCGAUGACACCAAGGGAAAGACGCAGAAAGGUACCGUGGCCAAAAACGAAGCGCUCCUCAUUUGGGGCGCAUCCUCGAGCGUCGGCACCAUGGGCGUGCAAACAGCCCGACUACUACGGGAAGAUCCCAACUCUGCUUUCGCGGCCGUGUACGCCACGGCUGGAUCGGCGAACAAAAGCUAUGUGGCUGCAUUGGGCGCAGACCGCGUGUUCGACUACAAAGACUCACAUGUCGUGGAUGCGAUCGUCUCGGCGGCCAAGGAGGACGGGUUCGUGAUCCGGCAUUGUUUUCUGGCUACUGGGCAACUGGCGAUAUGUCAGGCUGUGCUGAAGGCAUUUCUGGAAGAUGGCGAAGAUAGGAAGACAGCAAAGAUUGGAUCGGCACCCCCCGUUCCUCCAGAUGCGGAGAUCGUGGACGGUGUGGAGACGAUAUUUGUAGUUCCCUCGAUGGUAGAAGGGGAGAGGUUGAAGCAGUUCCAAUACUGGAUUGGGACGUGGUUGAGGGAGAACCUGAUUAAGGGAACCAUCAAGCCGAGUCCGGAGCCGAGCGUCGUGGGAAAGGGCUUGGGAGCUAUUGAUUCUGGGUUGGAUAUACUUCUCCGGGGUGUGAGUUGUAAGAAGUUGGUUGUUGAAGUUGCGGAGUGA